CAGCGCUCGCCGGAGCGGCUCUCACCUGGCCGCCCUUUGCGCUCAGAGUUCGACUGUUUUUCGGACGAGACCCGGAGGAGAGAUGACCUCUCACGAGACCUCUAACGAGACCUCUAACGACUUGGGGUGCAGUUCGUCCGAGGAGGACAGUAACCGUGCGGACUUGGCAGAUGGGCCGGCGGAGGAGAAGAUAUCUCCAGCGGUGCGUCGUCAUCAUCCGUUCAGCGUGGAGGCGCUCAUGUCCGGGAGGAAGACGGGCGGAGAAUCCAUCCGCUGUAAACCGGAGGGAGGCUCGGUGGCGGUGUCUCCUACAGGUUUAAAUUCCCUGUAUCUGUACCGAGAGACACGUAGCUCCCCCGGGGGAAGCCGGAAGGCUGUGCCUUUAUCGCCGGUAAAAUCCGAAGCAUCAGAGUCGGAGGAGUGCGCACCCUGGGUCACCAACAGCACAUUUGCCACACAGCCGCGUCACGUCGCUCCUGGUUGUCCAUUGAGAAAACACAAGACCAACCGAAAGCCCCGAACUCCCUUCACCACGUCCCAGCUUCUGGCCCUGGAGAGGAAGUUCAGGCAGAAGCAGUACCUGUCCAUCGCAGAGCGGGCCGAGUUCUCCUCCUCCUUGACCCUGACAGAGACCCAGGUGAAGAUCUGGUUCCAGAACCGCCGGGCAAAAGCCAAGAGGCUCCAGGAAGCCGAACUGGAGAAACUCAAGAUGGCCGCAGACGCAAAGACGGCAGCAGUGGCAGCUGCCGCGGCGGGAGGUUUACAUCCUGGCUUUACGUUACCGCUGUCGUUGGGCGCCAUGUCACUGUACGGACAGUCGUAUUCAGCCUAUCACCACCACCACAGACCCAUACUGCCCAUCUCACCUUUAGGACUGUAUGCUGCCCCUCUGGGCUACAGUAUGUAUCACUUAUCAUAAAAAUGGAAAUAUCACUGACUUCAGCGACGUGUUCCCAAGGAUUCCCCAAAAUGGACACAGAGGACAUGUGGCUAUCAUUUUGAAAAUCAAUGUUUAUAUUAUAUCUACUGCACAAGGAGUGUUUGAAUCAACUUUCCGAGCACUUCAAGUCAAAUAAGAAAUCUAUUUUUUCCUGCAGCGAGGAUAAAAAAAAACCAAACAUAAAUAUCUUCUUGCCCCUUUGGACUGCCUGUUUACAUGACCUGUCUAUAUGAGGAGGGGCGUUACUCCCCAGCUGUUUAUACUCUUCACUUGUUUACUUUUGCAGUAAUUAAGCUGGGCGAGGACUUGCGUCGGACACAAUAAUACAGACUUUUCACUUAAGCCUUUCUCUUCAUUAGAUACAGUGCCUUGUGUUGAAAAGGGCCUUAAUAUCGAGACACUUUGUACGCUUGGAUGGAUGACGAGUGUUUUACUCAGGCCAAAUGAAACAUAUCAGAGAAGCUUACUUUCUUGAAAAACAGCUCUUCUAUUCAUUUUAAAAGACAGACAAAUUCAGGUUUGUGCUCUCUUCAACACAGAAAGGUUUAACCCUAAAAUUAUUCACCAUAUUCAGCUUUUUUCAUCUUUUAUCUCUCAUAGCAAUAAAAACAUUCUCAUCACUCCCUCAUACUUUUCUUUCUACACAUUUAUAGAGCAUAGACAUAUUUAUUCUCUUUGGAAUAUACAUUUGCUGGAAAUGUAUGAAUGUCUCAUGUUGUGUAUUUAUGUGAGAAUAUGGUACAAAAGUUCGGACCAAAAGUGUAUUUAUAUUGUUCUUCCUAAAUGUCCCUUUGAAAGGGCCUACAUUUUGCUAUGCAGUUAAUGUAAGUUUUUUUCCACCAAUGUUUUAUCAUUUGAAUGAACAAAACAAUUAAAGCCUUUCAGACUGUUUCUUUUAAA